UUCGGCGCCGGUCGCGGAGGUGAGUGGCCGGACCCCGCAACAACACGCAUCAUGCUGACGGUGGCAGCAAUGCUGCUGAUUACUGCAGCGACUGUGGAGCCAGGGCAGAGCGCCAGUCUCGGAGGUGGAGAAGUUACGCCCCAGUUGGUUUUCAACAGCCACUUCACCAGGUUCGCACACAAGACCAGAGCUGCGGCGCUCUCGGACGCACUCUUGGCCACAUCAUGGGCAGGCAACACCUCACCGCAGGUCCUCUUCAAGAUGGAAGGCAGCGACAGGCUCUUCACAGCGGGCGACAUAAUCGGGGCCCUUCCUUUCCUGCCCAUCGAGAUCAAUGUUCCAGACAUGCUGUCCGCCAUACGCAGGUUCUUCCAACAAUUUUUCAGCCAGUCACAAGCCAAGCUGAAGUUAAAAGAUGCCAUACUCUACGGAGAAAAUGUGGAGUGCUAUUACCUACCCCGUGACCGUCAAAACGCGAACCCAGACGGUUUUGUAUUUUACUGCACAAAAAUCUACAGGCUGGAGCCUGAUUAUGUCACUGCAAUUUUGCUUCCUAUGCAAGAAUUUAUAGUCUCUCCACCUAUUUGAAAGUAGGAUCAUGUUUUAAUGACUUUGCAAUGUCGAAACAAUGUAACAAGUGAAUUUCUCUAUAUAAAAAAAUAGUUAAACUAAAUACGAUAUAAAAUCUCUUAACAUUUUUUUUCUCAUGUACACAAAUUUUCUUACUUGCAUAGCAGCACAGAAUUAUUAUACCUGUUGGGGAAAACGAGGCUUUUUAAAAAUGUGAGAACCAAUUGGAAAGAAACAAAUUGUUAUAUAUUACGUGAAAACCAAACCAUAAACUAUUGAUCUACACAAUCACCACUUCUACUGAGGCUUUACUGUAGCAUUAGACCACCUUCAUUCACAUUCUCUGCACUAAACAUAGUUAUGCCUGCUACUACAACAAAUGUUGCAUACCUUGAGAUUGUCUCGGUCACUGAAACACUUACCAGCUAGAAUGUUCGUAUCCAACUCGAAACAGGAAAAGAGGGGGAGGGGACACAGCUUUUUUUGGAAUUCAACCUCUUUCAUGGGCAAGGUUCUGAUUUCUCAAAUAUGAUGCUGUGUCUCUCUUUUGUAUUGUGUCCUUCAAAAUGUUUUAACACCAGCUACCUGACUGUGAAUACAUUUUUCAGAAAUUUUUUUUGUUUAUAAAUUAUUUUCUCCACUUCCCCUCAUUGUAUCCCACGCCCUAGAUACAUACACCCUUGCCAGCUAAGCACAAAUACUAAGUUUUCAGUAUGCUCAACUAAUAUGAAUGUUUAACACAUCAAAAUAAUAAACCAGGAAAAUAAUUACAGGGCUCAGAUUCAGUACAAAAGAAAAAUAUAUAUUUUUUAAUAAUUUUAUUUACAAUAAAAUAAGUAAUAUAUAAAAAAA